CAUGCUUGUUUGUUAUGAUAACGAAAGGAAGAUCAUGUGAACGUCACAUAGCUCAAAAGCACAGCUGGUGCCUUUGUGUAUUCUUAUUUUUUAAAGUAUUUAUCAUCUUAUUUACAAAUAGAAUGGCGUUUAUUUUUUACAAUAUAUAAAAAAUUAGGUUUUUAACAUACUGUUGCUGUUAUUAACGGCAAGAAUAUAUAAUAAUAUUAAUAGUAGUGUUAGCUUAAGCCUAGAUUCUACUUCUAAUUUCAACUUCUUCAGUUCUUGUUAAAAGUAUAUAAAACGAAAAGUUAAAUAAUUCUAGAAAAAUGGAAUAAAGAAACCGAAUCCUUAAUGAGAAUAUUAAAUAAAGAAAAUAAUCAUGAGCACUACUAGAUUUCAUGGAAUUUCGAUCCCAUUUGAUCCCCGGGUUUUGUCAACAAUGGAAGCAGGAGAAACAAGCAGCAAUAGAAUUGAUUUUAACAAUAACGGUAAAAUCACAACUAAUUUAACUCCGUUUCAGCAGAUGGCAUCGUCUUGUACAGGAGCAUUGGUGACUUCUGUCUUUGUUAAUCCUCUUGAUGUUGUAAAAAUCCGUCUACAAGCUCAACAGAAGGAGUUCAUGCGUAAUAAAUGUUUUCUGUAUUGUAAUGAUGUCGUGGAAAACGCGUGUUUCUGUGUCUCUGGAACUGGAACAACAUCUUCAUACUUGUACAAGCACCCUCGUUAUUUUAGUGGCACUUUGGAUGCAUUCAUCAAAAUUACUCGAACAGAAGGGAAGCGUUCGUUGUGGAGUGGACUUCCUACUACUUUAGUGAUGGCUGUUCCAGCUACUGUCAUCUACUUCACUCUGUAUGAUCAACUUCGAGCUUAUCUGUUACAUCAUUCCAAUGCUUCAAAGCAGGCACUUUGGGUUCCAAUGUUGGCUGGAGCAGCUGCAAGAGUUAUUGCCGUAACAGUGAUAAGCCCAUUGGAAUUGAUAAGAACCAAGAUGCAGUCCAAAAAGCUGAGCUAUUCGG